AGAAAGAAAGAGCGCGCGUGUGAUGUGUUUGUGUAUCCUCAGUGUUUUUCUCUCUUGCGUGUUUCAUUGAGUGUAAACAGAGUCUUGUCUCUGUGUAUUUAAGUGUUGAGACGAUGAUGAUGAGAUGUGCUGUAAAUGAGUAGGAACUGAUCUGUCCGUGCUGGAUAUAUUGAUGAUGUCAUCACAGAAAUCUCUCAGCUGAAGAAAGAGGAGAUUUAGCAAUGAAUCGAGAGGAUGUGGAUUGUUGUGAAUCUUCAGUGUAUGUGACUGAUGAUGGGAGUCUGGAUUCAGUGUGGAUGAGCAGAGAUCAGAGCCGCACACCACAGACACUGCUGGACUCUAAACUCUCUGAAGAGAAAUCCAGACACACACAGGACUCCGAUCUCAGUCUGACUUUACUCUGUUAUACUGAGUCAAAGCUCACAGACACUCAGGACACUACAGUGUGUGACAGUAAACAGAGCUUACAGGAGGAUCAAACCUCCACAGAGUCUCUGAAUUCUGUCUGUAACGCUGGAGAACAGCAGCAGAUCCUGCAGACCAAACUGAAGAUGUGUUCAGUUAAACUCAUCGACUGCACGAACCUCAUGAUGAAGAUUAAAACUGAACCCACAGAAAUCAAAACUGAACCCACAGAAAUCAAAACUGAACCUAAAGAAAUCAAAACUGAACCCACAGAAGAGGAAGAUCGAACUGAUGAAGAUGAUGAUUUUAUUCCAUCAGAUGUGAAGAGCGAUUCAUGUUUGGAUAUAGAAAUAACGUCCUCAACAUCAAAAGAGCGACUGACAGCACAAACUCUUUCCUGCAUCACAUGUGGAAAGACAUUCAGCUCACAGAGACAUUUAGAGAGACAUGAGAGAAAACACACAGAACAGAAACUCUUCACCAGAUCUGAGAUCAGCUUUACUACCUUACAAGAGAAGAAAUGUCAUUCAGAAGACCACAGAGAAAAGAAGAAGUUGUUUCACUGUGAGCAGUGUGGGAAGAGUUUUGUCUUUUCAUCUAAACUAAAUGUUCACAUGAGGACACACAGUGAUGAAAAGCCUUUCAACUGCACUGAAUGUGGAAAAUACUUCAAAACCAAAGACGAUCUUAAAGUUCAUCAGAGACUUCAUACAGGAGAAAAACCUUACGAGUGUCUUCACUGUGAGAAAAGAUUUAGCCGUGAACGUGUUCUGAAGACACAUGUGCUUUCACACACCAAUGAGAAACCGUAUCAGUGCAAUGAAUGUGGAAAAACCUUUAGGGAUUCAGGUUUGUUAAAAAAACACCAGGAUAUUCACUUUAAAGAGAAACUCUAUCAGUGUUCACACUGUGAUAAACGCUUCUGUUAUAAAUAUCAGCUGAUAGUCCAUGAGAGAGUUCAUUCUGGAGAGAAACCUCAUCACUGUAGUCUCUGUGGGAAGAGUUUUAGUCUAAAGCAGAACUUACUAAAUCACAAGAGAAUUCAUACAGGUGAAAAACCUUUCAAAUGCUCUCAGUGUGACAAGACGUUUACUUGUUCAAGUACCUUAAAAGUCCAUCAAAGAGUUCAUACUGGAGAGAAACCUUAUUACUGUAGUGUCUGUGGGAAGAGUUUUAGUCAAGGGUCUACAUUAAUAAAGCACCAGAGACUCCAUACAGGUGAAAAACCUUACAAAUGCUCUCAGUGUGACGAGACGUUUGCUCACUCAGGUUCCUUAAAAUGUCAUCAGAAAGUUCACACUGGAGAGAAACCUCAUCAUUGCAAUGUUUUGGGAAGAGUUAAUCAAAAGUCAAACUUUGUAAAGCAUCAGUGACCUUAAUAAAGUUAUGACAUCAAAAACU